ACUUGUAAACACAACAACGGACUGCGCCUAUAGGAGGACUUGGGCAGGUACUACAACUACUACUACUACUUGGGCAGGUUACUAUAGUACACUAGUACUGUACUACUGUAGUAGGUUGUAGCCUGUUGGAAUGACGACUGCCUAUGUCGAUUAUUGUUAAGUAGUAUUUUUCCUGGUUACCUUUGAUCCAGCAACACGAUGCCCCUAGGACACGCCGUGGUCGUUUGGGAAUGGGAAAACCGGAACGGCCGAUGGAAACCACACAGCCCCGAAGUGGCACAAUUGCUCGAAAGGGCUCAUUUCAAGAAGUUGACCAGGGUGAUACUGAGAGACGCCGACCCGAACAUGGAGUCUUCGUUUGUCAAUUUGCGUACGAUGUACCAGUGUUCUGAAGAAAACGAAGGUGUACUUUUGGCCGUACGCAGAUCUUACUAUCCGGCCAAUGCAUUGCCUGGCAAAGGAGCCAGAUGGGAAUGGGCUGGUGAUGUACCUGGAGAGUGGCAUACAUAUGACAUGGAAUCCCAAUGUUUCUUAGAAACAGCUUGGUCAAUGGGCUGCCAAGUUAUAGAUGUAAGCCGGACAUAUUUAGGUUUUCCGUAUACAAUUAACUUUUGUAAUUUGACCCAAGUACGGAAUGACAGUGGAUAUAAACGUAAUAUUAGACGUGUGAACCAAGCACCAUACCCACUAGUUAAAAUACAAUCAGAUGAAGUUAUUCAAUUUAAUGAUAGGGCAGUUGUAGAUACCAUAAAAAAUUUAUCAUCAAAAAACGAAACUAUUAGAAAAUCCAGUUCAGAAUAUAUAGAUACAAUAACUAAAAAACAACUACAUUAUAAAAAAAACAAACAAGUAGUUCACGAUGGCCAUCAUAGCGGAACUAAUAUAGCUCGCACCUUAUUAAGUAUUUUUGCUAAUAAGAAUCCUUCGUCACUGUCUAGAGAAGCUCAAUGGCCAAUAGGAACCACAGCAACUAAAAGCUGUAGUGAAUCAAUUAAAUCAGAUUCAUCUAUAAUUGAUUUAGACUCAAGUAGCAUUCGCAGUGGUAGACGUCCUAGUGUUGAUACUAUUUCAACUUAUUUAAGUCAUGACAGUCAUGAACUUCGCACAUCACGAUAUGAUCUAUUGGAUUAUUCUGGUGGCAGUAUUGGAAGUGAUGAUGCUUUUGAAUGUCAACAGAAAUCAGACAAUUGCAGAAAUCAAUCAGUUAUUGGAGUGAAUUCAGUAAGUGAGAAAUUAUCUUGUUAUGUUCAAAUAGUGGAUGACUUUUGGCCAGGACUUGACAUGUUAUGUCCAUUUUGUCAAGAUCCACUUAUCUCAUCAAAUAAAUCUAACAAAAGCCUAGUUAUAGCUUUGAGUAUAUGUCAACAUCGAAUGCAUCUCACUUGUCUAAACUCAGUUUUAAACAAUCAACCUUAUUCUAAUCAAUGGAUGUAUAUUCAAUGUCCAAUUUGUAUGAAAGUCUAUGGAGAAAAAAGAGGUAACCAACCACCAGGUGCUAUGAAGUGGACAUAUUUAAAUAGAUCGUUACCUGGGUAUGGUAGUACAAGAACUAUUCAAAUCACAUAUGAAAUAUCAUCUGGGAUUCAAGGUGAAGAACAUCCACAUCCGGGCCGUCCAUACUAUGCUCUAGGCUUUCCAAGAAUUUGUUAUUUGCCAGACACAGAAAAAGGAAGGCGUGUAUUAUCAUUACUGAGUAAAGCUUUUGAAAGGCGACUGGUAUUUACAGUUAGGCUUUCAAUAACAACUGGUAAUGAAGAUGUUGUUGCAUGGAAUGGUAUUAUACACAAGACAGACUUUGACACCAGAAUGCAUCAUGGAUUUUUAGAUGAAUGUAUCGAACAAUUAUCAGCAAAUGGCGUUGUUUGAGUAAUUUUCUGGAUAUAAAUUAGGUACAGAUUCUCUUUUAUUUUCAGACUAUUUUAUUGAUAACAUUUUUACUCGUUAAAUUAAAAUCUAGUUCUUAUAUAUAACCGUUAUAGAUAUAGAACAUUUAUUCUUAUCCUAAAAUGUAAAAUAGCAAUAUUAUAGUUUAAUUUUCUUAUUUAAAUUGUAAGUAGGUAUCCAUAGGCUGUUAAAGUUUAAGAAACCGCUGCUAUAGAGUAUUACAAGUUAUUUAUUUUUUUAUGCAGAACUGGUUAAUUAUACCCCCUACUUCCUAGACAAUGGCCAGUGGCAUUUGCACACAAGGCACACAUGUAUGACACUGUAGGCAUCACAUGAUAUAUACACACAUAGAACAAAAAAAAACCAUGGCACGCUGCUCAAUUUUUUUCCUCUAUGGAAAA